AUGUCAUUGAAAAGUCCAUUUGUAGAUCCAGAUGAAAGUUUUGAGAAUUCACUGGUAUUACAAUCUCCAAUUGAUGGACGUUUUGACUCAAAUAAUGGGUUUUCCGAUGAUUCAAUGCCUCCCACGCCAAAUCUAGAUCACGGAGGAAAUUUUCAAAGACAAAGUUCAUUAAGAUUUAAAUUGCCAGAAGAGGAUAUACCAACACCACCAUCAUCAUCAUCGAAAACAAAAUCGCCCUUUUUAGAUCAAUAUGAUACAAUUGUUGAAAAUGAAGUUUUUGAAAAACCAAAGCAUGAAGAUCAUGAAACAACUACCGAUCUACCAACAAAAAGACAUAGAUGGGGUACUACAAGAAAUAAACAUGGUAAACCAAAGAAAGAAAAUGUAAGUAGGUCAAAAACCCUAAAAAAGAUCCUCGAACCAAAACAUUCAUUAAAAAGUAAACUACAUUCAAUAAGAAAACCCAAUACUCAUUCAAUUGAAUUUCCAGAUCGUCGAGAUUCAGAUUCCGAUAAUGAUUUUGAAGUUAAUGAUGCUAAAAGUAGAAAGCUGGAGAAAAGAUCAAUAACAUUUAAUAAACCUCUACCCGAAGAAAUGGUAGAUCCCAGUACGGGAAAAGUCAAUAUUGAAUAUCCUCGAAAUAAAAUUAGGACAACAAAAUAUACUCCAAUUUCAUUUUUACCGAAGAACAUAUCAAAUCAAUUUCUACAUAAUAUUGCCAACAUUUAUUUUUUAGCAUUAAUUAUAUUAGGUGCUUUUCAAAUCUUUGGUGUUCCAUCACCUGUAUUAGCUGCAGUUCCAUUAAUUGUUAUUGUGAUUAUAACAGCUAUAAAAGAUGCAAUAGAAGAUUCAAGAAGAACAGUAACUGAUUUGGAAGUUAAUAAUCAAACUACACAUAUUUUAACACAAGUUGAUAAUAAUAUAGAUUAUCAUUAUGAAAAUUUAAAUGUAAAUGACGAACAUGUUUCAUUAUGGAGAAGAUUUAAGAAAUGGAAUACAAAAUUAUUGAUUAAAUUUUGGGGAGCGUCAAAAAGAAAUUUAACGAAGGAAGGAAGAGCUAAUAAAUUGAGACAGAAAGCUCACGAUGAACAAGAAGAUCCUAGAAAAUCGUUUGAUUCAGAUUUUAGACCAUCAAUGGAUAAUCCAUUUAAAUCUGAUUAUCAUAAAGUUAUGAAAUUUCAAAAGAAAUAUUGGAAAGAUGUAAAAGUUGGCGAUGUUUUAAGAAUUUAUAAUAAUGAUGAAGUUCCAGCAGAUUUAAUCAUACUCUCCACUUCUGAUGAUGACAAUUGUUGUUACGUUGAAACAAAAAAUUUAGAUGGUGAAACUAAUCUUAAAGUCAAACAAGCAUUAAAAUAUUCUUCAGUCGAUAAUAAGAUAACUAAAGCUGAUGAAUUAAUUGAUCGUCUGUUUCAAAUUGAUUCUGAAGGUCCACAUGCAAAUUUAUAUUCUUAUCAAGGUAAUUUAAGAUAUCGAGAUUCGCAAGAACCAAUAACUAUAAACAAUUUAUUACUUAGAGGUUGUACAUUAAGAAAUACUAAAUGGGUCAUUGGUAUAGUUGCAUUCACUGGUGAUGAUACAAAAAUUAUGCUCAAUGCCGGUGUCACGCCAACAAAACAAUCAAGAAUGUCUCGAGAAUUAAACUAUUAUGUAUUAUUAAAUUUUAUACUUUUAUUUGUCAUUUGUUUCAUUUCAGGUUUAGUUAAUGGGAUAUAUUAUAGAAAGCAAAAAACUUCACGAGAUUAUUUUGAGUUUGGUACAAUUGCAGGAUCACCAGCUGUUAAUGGUUUAGUUGGGUUUUUUGUUGCAUUAAUUUUAUAUCAAUCAUUGGUUCCAAUUUCAUUAUAUAUUACAAUAGAAAUUAUCAAGACCGCACAAGCAUUUUUCAUUUAUUCAGAUGUUGGAAUGUAUUAUCCUAGGUUGGAUUUCCCAUGUACACCAAAGUCAUGGAGUAUAUCUGAUGAUUUAGGUCAAAUUGAAUAUAUUUUUUCAGAUAAAACAGGGACAUUAACUCAAAAUGUGAUGGAAUUUAAAAAAUGUACUAUAAAUGGUAUAUCUUAUGGAAGAGCAUAUACUGAAGCAUUAGCAGGAUUGAGGAAAAGAAUGGGUAUUAAUGUUGAAGAAGAAGGAGCAAAAGAAAAAGUGUUAAUUGCACAAGAUAAAGAAAAAAUGAUCGAGAAUUUAGGAGAAAUUAAUAAGGAUAGAACUUAUAAUGAUGAAAUUACAUUUAUUUCUUCUGAAUUUGUUGAUGAUCUAAUCAAUGGUAAUAAAGAAAAUGAGCAUUUUAUGUUGGCAUUAGCAUUAUGUCAUUCAGUUAUUACUGAAGAAAAUCCAAAGAAUCCUAAUAAAUUAUUACUUAAAGCACAAUCUCCCGAUGAAGCUGCAUUAGUUGGAACUGCAAGAUCAUUAGGUUUCAAUUUCAAAGGUACUACAAAGAAGGGUGUUUUAAUUGAUGUACAUGGUACUACCAAAGAAUAUCAAAUAUUAAAUACUUUGGAAUUUAAUUCAACAAGAAAAAGAAUGAGUUCUAUUGUAAAAAUUGGUGAUAAAGCAUUAUUGAUUUGUAAAGGUGCAGAUUCAAUUAUUUACAAUAGAUUAUCAAAAACAAAUAAUGAUCCUGAAAUGUUGGAAGCAACUUCUAAACAUCUUGAAGAAUAUGCUACUGAAGGUUUACGUACAUUAUGUAUAGCUCAAAGAGAAUUAUCAUGGGAUCAAUAUAGUGAGUGGAAUAAACGUCAUCAAGCAGCUGCAUCAUCAUUAGAAAAUAGAGAAGCUAAAAUGGAAGCAGUUGCCGAUUCAAUUGAACAGGAAUUGACUUUGUUAGGUGGUACUGCAAUUGAAGAUAGAUUACAAGAUGGUGUUCCUGAUGCAAUUUCAGUUUUAGCAGAAGCUGGUAUAAAAUUAUGGGUUUUAACCGGUGAUAAAGUUGAAACUGCUAUAAACAUUGGUUUCUCGUGUAAUUUAUUAGGCAAUGAUAUGGAUUUAUUAGUUAUUAAAACAUCUUAUAAUCAAGAAGAAGUGACAAAAUUAAAUUUGUCCUUUGGUAAUGGUAUUUCAGAAAAUGAAGUAAUUGAUAUUAUAAUCUCACAUUAUUUAAGAACUCAUUUUAAUAUGGAAGGUAGUUUUGAAGAACAAGAAGCUGCAAUUGGUGAUCAUUCACCACCUGAUGAAAGAUUUGGUGUUGUCAUUGAUGGUGAUGCAUUAAAAACUGUAUUAUUAAAUCCUGAAACAAAGAGAAAGUUUUUAUUACUUUGUAAAAAAUGUCGUGCAGUUUUAUGUUGUAGAGUUUCACCAAGUCAAAAAGCAGCUGUUGUGAAAUUAGUUAAGGAUACAUUAGAUGUUAUGACAUUAGCAAUUGGUGAUGGUUCAAAUGAUGUUGCCAUGAUUCAAGCUGCCGAUGUUGGUGUUGGUAUUGCAGGUGAAGAAGGUAGACAAGCUGUCAUGUCAUCCGAUUAUGCAGUUGGUCAAUUUAGAUUUUUGGCUAGACUUUUAUUAACACACGGUAGAUGGAGUUAUAAAAGAUUUAGUGAAAUGAUUCCAAGUUUUUUUUUCAAAAAUAUUAUUUUCAAUAUUGCAUUGUUUUGGUAUGGAAUCUAUUGUGAUUUCGAUGGAACUUAUUUAUUCGAAUUCACUUAUCUUAUGUUUUAUAAUUUAGCAUUUACUUCAUUACCAGUUAUAUUUCUUGGUAUAUUUGAUCAAGAUGUCGAUGCAAAAGUUUCAUUAUUGGUUCCACAAUUAUAUCGUUCGGGUAUUUUACGUAAUGAAAUGAGUGAUUUAAAGUUUUACAUUUAUUGUCUUGAUGGUAUUUAUCAAUCGGCAAUUUCAUUUUUUUUCCCAUAUUUAUUAUAUGUUGUUUCAUUUCCUCAUAUGAAUGGUAAAGUUAUGGAUCAUAGAUUUUGGAUGGGAGUUUUAGUUACUUGUAUUGCAUGUAUUUCAUGUAAUUGUUAUAUUUUAUUCCAUCAAUAUAGAUGGGAUUGGUUAAGUUCAUUAAUUGUGGCACUUUCAAUUUUGAUAAUUUUCAUUUGGACAGGUCUUUGGACUACAUCGGUUUAUUCAUCACAGGAAUUUUAUAAAGCAGCACCUGAAGUAUUUGGUAUGACGAGUUUUUGGGCUUGUAUGUUUGUUGGAGUUUUAUGUUGUCUAAUUCCAAGGUUUUUUUAUGAUUUUGUUCAAAAAAUUUUCUGGCCAAAAGAUAUUGAUAUAAUUAGAGAAUGUAUUUUAAGAGGAGAUUUUGAUGCAUAUCCACUUGAUUAUGAUCCAACUGAUCCAGAUAGACAAAAAAUUUCUUCAUAUUCAAGUGAAGUUGUAAAUAGAGUGAGUAUGCAAUCAAUUAGAAAAUCUUCAUCUGAUGAAUUUGAUAGAAGACAAAUUUUUCAAACAGUUGGAAGCUCACAAUUUCAACCACCAACUCCACCACCAGGUUUAAUAAUGAAACCAAUUAGAAGGAAAAAUAUGAUGUCAAUGUUUAAAAGAAGUGUAAGUGAUAAUUAUUUUCAGAAUAAUGAAACUCAAGAACUGAUACAAACUGAAGAGAUACCGAUGACUGAUUUUAAUGAUAACAAAAGAAAAGCUUCUAGAAUAAGUCAGGAGCAUAAAAGAGUUUCUCUGUAUAAUUAA